AUGCUCAAGAAUAUGAUUGAGAAUGUUGAGAAGUAUUCCUACGGCCGCAUUACGCUCAUACAACGCGAUCUUGUCGAACGGAAGAAGCACAAAGAAGAUGAUUCUGAGCCUCCAAUCACACGCAGAGGAGCUGAGAUGGCUGUUGUCGGCAUUUCUUGCUGUCUCCCUAGUGAAACCGACGAUCUUGAGCCUUUCCGGAAUCUCCUGAGAACGAGAGGAUUCUCGCACGGUGGUCUUUUGCUUGUGCAAGGGUCCGGUGGUGUAGGAAAGUCCCAGAUCCUAGUUGCGCUUGUGCGACUCCACUACUGCCUCCAGACUAGGCACGCCAGCCACUCGCCCCCUGAGGAUGCGAGCACCUCCAAAGGACUCAGCGAGAAGAUACGCAAUGCCUGUGUAGAGGAAUACAACCAGUUCCUGGCGGACGGUAUCCAGGCAUCCUGUCCUAUCGUUAUUCGUCGUCACAUGAGGGAUACUGAGGUCGUUAUUUAUCGUAAAGAGGCGAAUGCGAGGCGUGAUAAGCAGCGUCGCGAGAAGAAGGCGUCUUAUUACGACCCAUCCGCGGACGACGACGACGCCAGCGAGAACAAGGACAACGAGGAUGACAACGAGGACGAUGCUGACCCUAUCCUUGAGCAGCUUGCCCAGAUGCUGGUAACGGACAAGAAGCUACAACAGCCUCUUGUCAACACUACUGGCUUCCAGGCCGACAAGCGUCUCCGCUUAGCUGAGAACCACCCGUUUAGACAGCAGGUUGGUGUGUCGCUAUUCCACUAUCUCCUUCUCGCCGGCAUAGACACUGUCUGGCUUUUUGAGCAACACCGUUCCAACUCUUGCAUCAACGACCUGAUCAACUUCACCCUUCCUCGCGGCCGGAUGCGCGUCGCCCCUGGUAUCGAAUACCGGCCUAUAUCUCAACUAGCACUCAAAACUACCCGAAACCUAUUCAAGACGACUAGCCGCGUCGUCUUCAUGGAUAUUGAGGAGUACCGCAUCCAGACAGCAGAUCUUUUCAACGAACUGCGCGACGAAUAUGAGUGCACCUUCUUCUGUACGCGAAACCCAUACGGCAUAUGCAACACCGUCGGUGAUCUGGACACCGCGUACCAAAUGACCCCUAACGACCCUCACGAGAACAACGACGACGACAGAUCGCAACAUGACAACGUCGACUUCUAUAACAAGAGGGCAGCGAGCCUGAGGAGGAUAAACAUGAAGGCUCAGACGGUGGAGCGGGCUUUGAUUAUGACAGAUGAAGGACCAUACCUGUGA